AUGGCUCCUCCCAAGAAGGCUCUCAGAGCAGACGCGCCGUGGCGCGCCAAGGGCACGGGGGUGGCUCUUAUUGGCGGGCCGGCGCUGGCAACAGUGCGACGGGGACCAGAGUUUGACUAUGCCAUGAGCAUCAUGCGGCAUCCGGACCCCAUAGGCAUGGGGUUGGCGCAGGAGGCAGGGGUGGAGGCGGCAGGGGAGGAUUGUCUGGUGCCGGGGCUCAAGCGGCCCGUCAUUGUCAUGGGUGUGCAGGUGUGGCCGCUGGAGAUCAACAGCCCACUCUCCUGGAAGGCCAUUGAGCCCAUGGCCCGAGAGCUCAAAACCGUGUCCAAGCUUGCCGAGAAAGCCAUAGACCUCAUGAAUGCCCCUCUUGGCCGCUGA